UCUAUAGGGAGAAGCGUUGCUCCAUUAAGUCCCAAGAUCAAGACAAUGAUCUAUUAUAAAUGUGUCUGAUAGCUGGUAGAAUAAUAACAUUUUGUCAGCUUAGUGGAAGGUAGAGUAUUGUCUUCUCUUUUACCUCUAAAGCAUUUACUGCAUUAACUGUUUUAUUAUUAAUUCCUUAUGUAUAUAUCAAAGAACAUCCAAAUAUUGCAUUCAUUAAUUUACUGUGACUGGAAAGGAAAUCAUUAUUUGAAUAUUCUGUGUUAUUGAGUGUAUUUCUAUAACAGUUCUUCAUCACAGGUCACAAAAAGCCAGACAGCAGCUAUCAUGAGCUCCACGCAGUCAAACUCCUCUGCAAAUGUGACCUUUGUUCGUCCUGCAACAUUUUUCAUCAAAGGCUUUUCUAAUGUUCCACAUGUGAAAUACUACUAUGUGUUCUUGUCUUUGGUGUAUGUUGUGACUGUUUUAGGGAAUUCAUUUAUCAUGUGUAUCAUUUAUUUGGCCCGCAGACUUCACACAGCCAAAUACAUUGCUGUUUUCCAUCUGGCCCUUUCUGAUCUGUGUGGAAGCUCAGCUUUGAUUCCAAAAAUUAUUGACACAUUUCUAUUUGAGCACCAGGAUGUUUCAUAUGAAGCGUGCUUGGCAAAUAUGUUUUUUGUUUAUCAUUUCAUGAAUCUGCAGUCUUUGACAAUACUUGUCUUGGCUUAUGACAGACUGGUUGCUAUUUGUUUUCCUCUACGGUAUCAUGCCAUUGUAACCAAAACAGCCAUGUUUCUGAUCAUAAGUGUCAUAUGGAUCUUUUCAGUGACAUAUUUUUCUGUACUUGUAGGAUUGGUAAAUAGAAUCUCUUUUUGUGGAUCUAAUGUGAUCGAUAGUCAUUUUUGUGACCAAGGCCUUAUCUAUAAAUUAGCUUGUAAUGACAAUUCUAUAAAUAUUAUGAUGGGGAAAAUUAGCUUCGGUCUCCUAAUGUGCACACCGCUGAUACUGAUAAUCAUUUCAUAUUUUUGCAUUGCUGUGGCUUUGCUUAAGAUUGCUCAUGGUGCUGAACGGAUCAAAGCCAUGAAAACCUGCACCUCACAUCUCAUGUUGGUGGCAAUCGGUUAUAUUCCACUUAUAAGCAAUAAUAUUGCAGCCUUAACAACAACUAUUGAUCCAAACACCCGGAUAAUUAACAAUUCCUUGAGACAGAUAAUACCAUCUAUGCUGAAUCCCAUCAUAUACACUCUAAAGACAGAGGAAGUCAUGCUGUCCAUAAAAGAACUGUACAAACGAAGCACAGUGAAUAUGAUGACAGAAAGAAACAUAAAAUGCAGUAGGAUAAAUAAAAAUUUAUAA